GACUGGCUCGCUCCUCUUCCACUCGGUUGGUAUUUGGACGACUCGAUCCGUGGUCCGGUGUCCGGUGUCCGAUACCGACGACAUGUUGAGCCACUUGCGAUUGGUCAAAGCACAAUCUUUGCAGGUGGUGCCGUGUGCUGA